AUGAACGCGCAACACACAGCCGAUGCUUCUCCACAGCGUGCUCUCUCGACCAAAGAAAAAGUAAAGAGCUUGGGACGUGAAACAAAGGCGAAGACGAAGAACUUGCUGCACCUCAACAAGCACUCUCUCACUCGAGAAGAAGAAGCCACAGAGGGCCAGGAAGAUGAUCCCUAUGGUGACAUUCGCCAUGAUCCCGCCUUCGACCCAUCUCAGUUGGUCACGCAGAAGCCCAGUCUCUCAACGCGCAUCGCUGGCGGUUUCACCAACGGCGUGAAGAUUAUCAUCCACCCUCAAGACGCUGCCAAGAAGUUGGCUGCCUCCAAAGCAGCUGUACAGGACCGACCUUAUCUGUCCGAGGAAGCCGAUAAGGAGUUUCUCGAUGCUCACGACAGUCUCUCAAGAGCCAAGACGUCGGCCUCGAGAUCAAACAAGUCUGGUGACCAUGAAGCUGUCGAUGAUCAACGUGAGCGCGUCAAGAAGAUAGAAGCUCUACGUCAAAGCAGAAAGGUCGCUUGGACCACAAGUCGACACUUCAGACGCGCUCUUGUCUUUCCUAAACGUGACUUCCCUCCACCUGCAAAGGAGGACUUCUACUAUGUCGAUGAGAAGACAGGUACGCGCCGUCUCGAUUACAUAGCAUGGAUGCAGGCGCGCCAGCAGAAUUCGAUGAAAAGCUUCGCUGUGAAUCGUUUGGGUCAUGUUGAUUAUACUGGCCAGCCUCCGUUCGACAGGGAUACAACUUCACGCUUCGUAGAGCGUAUCCUUAUUGCUUCUGCACCUUGGCAGACAUUCUUCCUCUCACUUCGCAGCCUCUACCUAUGGGAGGACCCGGCACGAACCAAGAAGUGGCUGGCAAUCUGGUUAUUCGUAUGGUACAUGGACUACUGUGUCUGUUUCGUUCUAGCCUACUCUGCUGUGGCUGUGCUACGAAACAGAUUCCAGCACAAACAAGUCGAGGAGAUGCGCGAACAAUAUCAAAGUGCACUGCAGAAAGGAAGUUCCGCCUACAAGUUCAGCGCCCUUCUGCAACAGCACGGUUCAGAUUGGGUCGACCCUGUGCUUGAGAGCGCUGGGCCCAAGAUCCAGCUUCAUCUGGGUGACUUUGCUGAUUUGCUCGAGGUACUAAACAACUUCUAUGAUUGGCGCGUCCCCAAGCUCACAUGGGCUACUCUUUUCUGGUUCUUGUGUGCCAUUUUACUUGGCGUCUUCACUCAUUCGGAAUACUCUAUCAAAAUCUGCACCAUGUGUUGCAUCGUCAUGUUUUUCGGAUCCCGCUUCGUUGCUCACAACCACCCUGAGUACAGACACGUUACCAAUUCGUUCAAUUACAUCUUCUGGGGUAUUCCAAAUGAUGCAGAAUGGUCAAUGAUGUACCUGAGGGAAAAGGCUCAAGAGACCAGAGCAGAAUUGAUCGGAAAGAAGGUCCAGGAAGAGUGGGACAGGGAUCUUGGUCACUCUAGCAGAAGCGUAGUUGCUGGCAGCCUCGACCUCCCUCAGGUUACCAGAACAACUUCCUUAGAAGUCGAUGGCCAGCUUUCGGACAGUGAUGAUGACGAUGACGCUGCCAGCUUCCACACUAUGGAUUCCGCAACAAGCAUCCUGGGCAGUCUCGACAUCCUAUCCUUCCGCUGCUCCAUGCACAACAUGCCAGGCCGUCUUAUCAUCUAUUCAGACGGCCUCCGUUUUCAAAGAACAUCUCCACUCGCAUCCAUGCGCAAAGAAGUCUGGAAUCGCCUUUGGUCAGAACUCGUCGAGAUCGAGAAGAUGGACUACAAGACUGCCGGCUUGAUAAAGUCAGAUGGCCUUCACUUCGGCUUCACGGAUGGGAAAGAGGUUAAGCUUGAGCAUGUGCGCCAGCGCGACAAGGCUUUCAAUUGCGUGAUUGGAUUCUCAGGCUUGCGUUUCCAGGUCGUGCAACCCGCUGCAAAGACUGGCACGGAUGACGACAGAUUUGGCCAAGAUGGCGAGGCAUUCGGUCAUGGCAACCAGCAAUGA